CCCCGCCCCCCGGCUGGCGUCAUCACUGCGCGCCAGCGCCUGCGCGGGAGGGAAGGAGGCGGCGGCGCUUCGCUGUGUCACGGCGCGGCCCGAGGGGACGGGACAGCGGGGCCGCCAUGGAGUACCUCAUCGGCAUCCAGGGCCCCGACUACGUCCUGGUGGCCGCCGACACGGUGGCGGCCUCCAGCAUCGUCCAGAUGAAGCACGACCAUGACAAAAUGUUUAAGAUGAGUGAAAAGAUCUUGCUCCUGUGUGUCGGGGAGGCUGGAGACACUGUGCAGUUUGCAGAAUACAUCCAGAAAAAUGUUCAGCUCUACAAAAUGAGAAAUGGUUAUGAAUUGUCUCCUACUGCAGCUGCAAACUUUACGCGCCGAAACCUGGCUGACUAUCUUCGGAGUCGAACCCCUUACCACGUCAACCUGCUCCUGGCCGGCUACGAUGAGCACGACGGGCCCGCGCUCUAUUACAUGGAUUACCUGGCGGCUCUGGCGAAAGCUCCGUUUGCAGCGCACGGGUACGGCGCGUUCCUCACCCUCAGCAUCCUCGACCGCUAUUACAAGCCAAGUAUCACACGUGAGGAAGCUAUGGAGCUCCUAAAAAAAUGUCUAGAGGAGCUUCAGAAACGCUUCAUCCUAAAUCUGGCUUCUUUCAAUGCCCGGUUCAUUGACAAGGAUGGCAUCCAUGAAGUGGAGAAUAUACCCCUAUCAAAAGCAACGUCCUAACCCCUGAGAUCUUUCUUCAGCAGUCGUCUUUUUUGUUCACUUUGUUUUUUUCUAUACAUUUGGAGCACACAAGUCGUGUAGUGCACUGAGAGAUCAAAUAAAGAUUGACAUUUAUAUAGCCA